AUGUUAACCAACGCCAUAGACAAACAUUAAUGUUGCCCUAUAUAUACUCAUCUGAGUUGUUUGCUUCAUGCAUGCAGAUUGCAGAGUAGAGUAAACAAAAAUGAAGAGAUGAGAGAUCAAACAAAAUGAAGCUAAACAUACUCAUUCUUAUUCUCUUCUCACUCCUUUUGCUAACACACUCACUCCUUGAAUCCACCACAACUUACAACACCACCACCACUGAAGAAGAAAUAGAAGAAGAAAAAAGAAGCAGUAGUAAUAGAACUCCGCCGUCAAGAAGCGGAAAUAGAAGUAGAAGCAGAGGCAGAGGCCGAACCGGAAGCCGAAACAGAGGAAGAGGAAGAGGCGGAAGCAGAAGCAGAGGAAGAUCUAACUGUGACCCUGUUUUUGAAUACCUGUUUGAUUCAUGUGGCCAAUGGCCUUUCCCUACUUACCCUUCGCCGGACAAUCCGUUUAACCCUACGCCCAGACCCUCACCUCCUAAGAGAAAAACUCCGCCGUUGCCGCCACCUCUCGUCCCUUCUCCUCCUCCUUCUCCCACCCCAAUUGUCCCAUCUCCACCGCCGCCUGUAGUUCAACCUUCUCCUUCUCCACCUCCAGUUGUUCCAUCUCCACCACCUGUUGUCCCAUCUCCAUCUCCAUCUCCACCUCCUGUUGUUCCGUCACCACCACCCUGCAACUGUAAUUCACCACCGCCGGUUCCUUCUCCACCACCUCCUUCUCCUUCUCCGCCACCCCCAAUUCCACCACCACCAUUAGUUCCAUCUCCACCCCCUCCAUCAUCACCACCUCCUGAAAUACAACCACCAAUAAUAUUCCCACCUCCACCAUUAGUUCCUUCACCGCCUCCACCUGACAUUAUACCAUGGCUAUCACCUCCAGAUGAUCAGUUUCCUCUAGCACCACCGCUAGUCCCUAUGUUUGAUCCACCACCGACACCAACAUUUGAUUUUACACCGGCACCACCGCUUGUCCCCAUGUUUGAUCCGCCACCACAACAAGAUAUGCCACCAGCUGAUAAUCAGUUUACACCAGCACCACCACUAGUCCCUAUUUUCAAUCUACCACCGCCAGUGCAAGAUUUACCACCAUUCUUUCCCAUUAAUAUUUCUCCACCACCGGAUUAUCAGCCUCCGCAAUUUCCAUUACUGCCUCCAGAUCAGCCACCGUUUGCAUUUAAUCCGCCUGUAAUAUCAACCCCGACGGUACCUGAUCUUUUUCUACCACCUCCGUUGGUGCCUGAUAUUGAUAGUCCACAGGAGCCAUUACCAUUUUCAUAUGCACCACCUGUACCUGAUGCUAUGUUCAAUGAGCCAUGACAACCAUUGACACCACCCCUAACUUUUGUGCAUUCAUUGAAGAUUUGAAUGUUUCUUUUAUAGUACUCGAAGUAAUUUGCUCACACAAAAUAAUUAAGCAGAUAAGAGUCUGGACGUCGUAGUUUUGUUUAGUGUUUAUGUAUUUUCGUUUCAUUUUUUUUCCGGUCAUUAUAGAGUGGGAUUUGCAUGGCUUAAUUUUGUUGAUCUUCUAAUUAAACUGUCUGUACGAAGGAACUUGAUUAGUACUACUACUUUAUACUAAUAUUCACACUUAUUAGUGAUACAGGCAGU